AUACCGUCCAUUGAACAGUCUGCUUCAAUUCGCCGAGUUGUGUGCAUUGGCCAAUUGUCGGAGCGCCAGUGGCAAGACGUUCGUGUCCAAUUUGUUCUGUCAAAGUCGCGAUAGGAAAUAUUUUUUGGUGGAGUUUUAGCGAAAAAGUGAAGUCAAUUGUUUCAGUGAAAUCCACAAAUAAAAUUUGUUCGAUUCGUGCGCAAGCAGUUCAACGAUUUCAAGCCAUUGCCCCUGUCCACAGUGGGCAGAAACGUUGCGGAGUGCGAGUGUUUUGAAUUUCAAUCUGUUCCAAGAACUCAUUCCCGUUUGGAGACCGCACCAACGGGAAGCACUCGAGUGGCGAGUUGCAAUCAGAAUUUCACACGCUCCAAGUUGCGCUAAUUUGUUGGAAGUUUGUGGUGUCGCAUUAGGUGGAAGCAAGUCCUGAACCCAUCGGGAAGGAGCAGUGUCCCGCGCGAACAAAGAAGGAUAAGUCUUUGUUUUGGAUCCGAGGUUUUGUCCUGUUCAGGACACGGAGCCAAAGUGUACCCCGUAACCAUCAGCUUCCAGGUGCCACUUUGGACCCAAUCGACGAGUGCACUCACUUUCCAAGAAGUUGCACAACACUCCGAGGUUGCUCGGUCCCGUGCUUUGUUUUCGUCGAAGACACUUCGAAAAUUGAUUAACUUGCAGACUUUGUGUCGGAUUUUACCCGGGUACUCUGCGUUCUAUAUUUGUGUUCGCCUCCGUGCGACUUCCCGGAGAUUUCGAUUCGAGGCCGUGUGAUUUGUGUGUCGAAUCAGCGAAUGCUAUUUUCGUCCGAAUAAAAUCAGUCGGAAUUGUGCUUGAGCGAGAAAUUUUAAGGUAAAACGGGAGCCGUGAGAAAAGUGAAAAGAAUCAGCCGCGAAGCCGAUUUUGCCUGCGACUGCCAGCCUUGCGAGAUUGCUUGCCUUCCGCACAGCACGACUGCCUUCCUUCCUGGAUAAUUGGAUUCCUACAUGUUAAAUGACACAUCAAACGAUAAUGGAUUACAAAGUUCUGGUCUUUAACGCGGCCCGGGAUAACAAUUUGGUGCAACUCAAGUCAUGCUUCUAUGGACGUUCACAAGCCGAAAUUUGUAUGCUUGUAUCAGCAAAAACAGGUGGUGCAACCCCACUAGUGAUAGCCUGUCGACAUGGCCAUUAUGAUAUUGUCGAUUUUUUAUUAACCAAAUGUAAUGCAGACGCCGAACAGGUUGGAUCAGUGACUUUCGAUGGUGAAACGAUAGAGGAUGCACCGCCUUUGUGGUGUGCUGCUGCAGCAGGACAUCUAGGAAUAGUUAAAUUAUUAGUUAAACGUAAGGCUAAUGUGAAUAGUACGACACGAACAAAUUCAACACCACUGCGAGCAGCAUGUUUCGAUGGACAUUUUGAAAUAGUCAAAUAUUUAAUUAAGAGUGGAGCAGAUUUCGAAGUAGCAAACAGACAUGGUCACACAUGUCUAAUGAUAGCCUGUUACAAAGGGCACUAUCGAAUCGCUGAGUACUUACUAUCCCUAAAAGCGAAUGUGAACCGACGUAGCGUGAAGGGAAAUACAGCCCUUCACGAUUGUGCCGAAUCGGGUUCUUUAGAAAUUUUAAAAUUACUCCUAGAACAUGGUGCCACGAUGGAUGUAGAUUCUUACGGUAUGACACCAUUGUUGGCGGCAAGUGUAACAGGACAUUUACCGAUCGUAGAACAUUUAAUUACAUUACCAACUGUGAAACGCCAAGAUAGAAUAGCCGCCUUAGAAUUAUUAGCUGCCACAUAUGUAGAUAAGAAACGUGAUAUGUUGAGUGCCCUCUCCUUGUGGCGACGUGCCAUGGUGGAGCGUUAUGGACAAGUACCAAAGAUACCAAAGAUUAUCAACGAACCGAUAGCUGCCUAUGACUAUGCUGUAGAAUUUAAUGAUAUUAAUGCAUUAGAUGAUUUGGCUAUGGACCCGGAUGAAAUGAGGAUGCAGGCGUUAGUGAUACGAGAGAGAAUACUUGGACCAGCACAUCCAGACACAAGUUACUAUAUCAGAUACAGAGGUGCACACUACGCUGAUGCUGGACGUUUUGAUCGUUGCAUAGAACUGUGGACAUAUGCUCUUACAAUGCAACAAAGUAUUCUCGAACCACUCAGUCCAAUGACGCAAUCAUCGCUCCUAUCCUUCGCGGAACUAUUUAGCUUUAUGUCAGGUCAAGCUGGACGACCUGUAACCCGAGGUCGAGUAGUACCACCAAUUGAAACAGAUGAUAUGCUUUUAAUAUUCGGAAAGGCAGUUCAAGAAGUUGAACUUGGUCAAAAAAUGUUUGAAUCCCUUCCCGAUUCCGAGCAAGAUCAGAAUGCCCUUAGUCGUGUUCUUGUGAGCGCUUUGCAUCUUGCCUGCCUUUUAGCUCGUCUAGUCGAUGAUAAAGACUGUUGUAAAUUAGUUAAGCAACGUAUUCUCUCCGCCAUUUAUAAAUUGAUAAGCCUUAAAGUUGUAUUUCGUUCGGGAAGGACAGCGUUGCACUUAGCAUGCUAUCGGGAGGCAGCAUUAGUUGGUCGCUAUCCAGAAUGUCAAUUCCCUUCAGCGCAAUUGGCCAAAGCAUUGUUGAUGGUUGGAGCUGAUCCGAAUGCAAAAGAUGAGGCAGGCAAUACCCCAUUACAUUUAGCGGCAUUAUCAAGGCCAUGCAAUAAAUCAUUGGCGCAAACACUGCUUGAGCACGGUGCACAUUUGGAUACCACAAAUGCGGACGGUGACACCUUCGAAACUCUCCUACAAAAUCAACGAAUACACGACAUUAUCAAUCCAGUAAAAUACACGAGACUGAGUUGUUUAGCAGCGCGCGCCGUAAAGAAGCACGGAAUUCCCUAUGCGAAUCGAGUACCCCGCACCUUACACGAUUUCAUCGAAACACAUUGAAGAGGAAUGUGGACAAUUUCGUUUUCCGGAGAAAGCGAGAUUUUGCACAUCAGAGAAGCUCAUCAAAUUAAAGAUGAAAAUAAUCAUCCUCCUACGCUUUGAAAACAUUUCUUUAGACCCUACAUCGACAUCAUAAACCAAAUUAAACUGCAGGCGAAUGGCUGAUACGUUUCGUUUGCAUCAAUCUCUCAAGCAUUACUUAAACUUUAUCCUGAUGAUCAGUAUCAGUUGGAAUUUUGAUUGUUAAAUGUUUACUGCGUAGAUUUAGUAGACGUCAAUAGAUUGUUUCCUGCUUUUACAUAUCUACAUCUAUGUCCUGAACACUCCGCUUGAUUUUGAACUCAGGGAUCAGGCGGAUGCCCUCCCUAAGUUUCUUAAUGAUGGGAAUCUUGUCGAGAUCGCGACUGAGCGCAGCAAGUCCUUCGAAGUUUGAGGCCAGUUCGAUGAAACGCAAUUUCAAUCUACUUAAAAUGAUAUAAAUGCCAAUAUAUAUAUAGAUUAGAUUCCGGCGCAAGAAUGAAGCAGACAAACAUAUUCAUAUUUGUGAUAAGAGAGAAUAGCUUAAACCACGCGGGUGGCAUACAUUUUAUUUUUUGAAUAAAACAUGGGGACAUCUGUAAAAAGCGGUCAUCGUCAGAAACUAGAAGGAACACAAGCACGAUCAAUUUGUCGAAAUGCGCUAUGGAUUUUCUUAGUUCUUUUUGAUCAUAUCGCAGAAAUCUAUAAACAAAUUUAUAAAUACUUAGAAGCAAGCCGGCCAGCUAGUGGCUGGCUAGGUUCGUUCCUUGGAGAAGGGGGAAAGUUGUAAUUACUGGAGGCUUUUUUGUACGAGGUAAUCCGGGACUGUAAGUUCUCUCCUUCUUGUGUUGUUUUUUUAUUGUAUACGUUUUGGAAAAAAUGUAAACAAGUGAAAUAGACCAGAAUAUACAGCAUCAGUUAUAUAUAGACGCGACUGUACUAUGAAGAAUAUUGUUUUCAUUUUUUGGAUUCAUAGUUUAUAGCGAACAACUCGAGAUCUUUUUGUAUUACGCAUUAUGUAUUUAAGUUAGAGUGAGAUCUUUAAUUUGCAAAGAUUUACGUACUAUACAUAUGUAACAUUUUGUUUCUUAGAUUAGAGAGACUCUUGAAUAAUUUAAGGAUUCUGUUAAUUUAAUGUGAAACUAAAUAUUAUAUUUUACAAUUCGUCCCAAUGGAAGUUGAAAACGAAUUGAAUUCGAAAAGAAAUUUAAUGAAAAUAUAAAGUUUUGAAUAACUGAA